AUGACCAUCCCACUGACGAAUAACAACCGCAUCAAUAUCCCCGCGGUAUGCCGGCUUCGUGAGCCAAGCACAAACAAGACGGUAGGAUCAGGGGUGCUGGUGGCACCGGGGCUGCUGUUGACGUCUUCCGUUGCAAUCCCUACGCCGUCGUGUGCUACGUGCGUUGUGGCCACCUUCUUUGAGGGCACCAAGAAACAUGCCGUGGAUGUGCAACUGCAGCCGCAGCACUACUACUUUGCCUCUCGCUAUCCGCUUGAACUGGACUACUGCCUCAUCAGCUGCGAGGAGGCGCCGCUGCUCAAUGUCACACCGGUGCGCAUGCCGCUCACUGGGAAAGGAUGGGCUCCAGUGGAGGAAGGCGAUGUGCUCCUAAUUGUCGAGCACCCCAUUGGCGGCGUGGACGGCACCGCGGCAGUGGCGCUAGACGAAGGCGUGACCUCCCCUCUUACGACAACUGUAACCGAUGAAAGCGCCGUUGACCACGUGCAGGCACCGUACGUGGAACAGAAGCGCUUCGAGGAAGUGCUGCACUGCCGCGGCGAUAUGAACUUCCUCAAGUCCCACGGCAGCUGGAUGACAGCCGGCUGUCCUGCUUUCAACGAGAAUGGUCAGCUGGUUGGGCUGCAAUCCCAGAGCCGAGUAGAUGGCGAGGGAGUCGUGAAUCGCGUCCUAUCGAUGAUCUCUAUUGUGAAGCACCUUUUCGCCAACGUGCAGCUGCCGCAUCUCCCGCAGGAGGAGGUUACGUUUGAGGAUGUGUGGGACACGUGGUACGUAACGAACGACAUCACCCGCGUCAUUGCCAUCCUCGCCAACUUCAAAGGCAGGUCCAUGGCCCAGCAGGUCACCUGUCGCCUGUGCGAGCUGACAGCAAAGCCGGAGCUCGUGAAGAGCAUCGCCUCGAACGGCGGCAUCGAGGUUAUUCUGCAGAAUCUUAGCCUCUUCUGCAGUCAAGAGAACCUCUCCGAGAUUGGCUUGCGGGCUCUCUGGAACGUAAGCGUUGGCGAGGAAGCGCAUCUAUCCAUGAUUAGCGAACUGGAAGGCGUGCGCAUCAUCCUUGACGUCGUGGAGACAUUUCCGGUAAACAAGACGUUGCUCGAGUUUGCCGCAGUGCUGCUACACAACAUCGCAGGGUGCCAUGCGACGCCCGACUUCUCCCAGACCCACGGCGCGCGUGCGCUGACAGCGUUGUAUCCUGGGGUUCAGCAGUUUCGUGAGAGUAUUGUGCUGCAGAAGUUUGCACUCAGCUUCUUUGCCACCCUUGUACGACUGAGGGAGGAGUUUGCACGGAUUUUGGUUCAAGAACGCAUCCUCGAGCACAUUAUCCACCUUGUCGAAGAGAAACCGCAGCAGAUUUUCCUCAUGGAAAUGGUCGUCAAUUUUGUGGCGGAGCUGGCCCAGUACCCCCAAACGGUCGAGCUAAUUUGUCGCAAUUAUGCGCUGCGCGGCGUCACCAGCGUGACACAUCUAAUUGAUCUUCUCAUUGGUAUCAUUUUUGAGCACAAGGACCAGGAUAGUCUCUUGGUGAACGGCAAUCGGGCGCUGUGGGGACUUGGCAAUGUGCCCACCUGCCGCGCGAUCAUUUUGGAGAAUCCUCGAGGCACCGAUGCACUGCACAUCUCAUUACCAGCACUCAUAGCAAGCAGUCACCGUUAG